AUGGCGGAUGUCGACGAGCGCCGCCUGGUCAGGCGCACCCCCGAGUUCUUCAUGCCCUGCCUUCGGCAGGGUGCCGCUGGGCUGCUCCCGCUGCAUCUCCAGCCAAAUCCUUGCAACAUGGAGGUGCGCAUCCAGCUCGAGCGGUCCGGCUUGGCCUUCCUCAGGCUUGCUAGCGACCGGCUGGCUGACCGGCGACAGGACUUCGGGGGGGAGAUGGCGGUGGAGGAGCCCCCCGUGACCAUGGUGGACGCCUUCGAGGAGCUGCCCACAGGCCUGUCGGAGCUGAGCGUACGCCGGCAAUCGCUGCAGAAGCUGGAGCGGGUGCUCGUGCAGCAGGUGGACAGCUUAGCCACGGACAUCAUCGAUGCGGUGAUGGAUGCGCUGCUGAAGCCACUGCUGAAGCGAUUGAAGGACCGGAGCGAGAAGUGCCGGGAGCUGGCGGUGCAGAUCCUCCGGAGCUUGGUGGAGAACACCUCGGACCUGGCGGCGGCCUUGCCCUACAUCUUCCCCAGCCUGGUGGCUCGCUUGGGCUCGGAGGACUUGGACGGGGUGGCGCACCUGCCGGAGGUGAUGCGCCCAGACCCGGAGCAGAAGCCCAUGGAGAUCGCGCAGCCCGUGGAGGACAGCGAGGAGGUGCGGCUGCAGCUGGGCCGCUUUGUGGCGGCGCUGCUGGGGAGGUGUAGCCCCACCCAGGUCUACUCCUACGUGGACGAGGCCACCGGCUUGAUCCGCGCGGCGGCCAUGGACCCCUUCCACGAGGUGAAGGCCCUGGCGUGCGAGACGAUGGUGGCCUUCUGCUGCAACCACACGGAGAUGCUGCUGCACUUUGCACUGCCCAUGGCGCGAUCUCUCACGUCCUGCCUCACCCACAACCACGCCAAGAUCCGCAUGGCCGCCCUGCGCGCCAUCACAGCCUGUCUCUUUUGCGGGGUCUGGAAGCACAACUUCGAGAUCUUCCAGGUGCUGAUGGCCUGGCAGGAUCCCAACAAGGUCCCCAUCAAGGCCUUCUACGAGGGUGUGACUAACGUGAACUACAUGUCCACCUUGAGCUUCGAUCGCCACCCCGCGGUGCGCCGGUUCUGGUUCGAGACCCUGGGCUACUGGAUGCUGCGGUGCACAGACAAGGUGGACUUAGAGCCGUACAUCGCCCCAUACCUCCUGACGGGCCUUUGCGACGAGAAUGAGGAGAUCGCGUUGGAGGUCUUUUGGCUCAUCGAGAAGAUCGGGGAGGCCUAUGAGGAGGAGCACGAGUCGGACCUGCGGAAGACGAAGCAGUAUGGCUUCGACUACAGCUGGACCUACCAGGGCCGCGCCUUUGUGCCCUUCCCGCUGCAGGGCCUCUGGGGCGGCGGCAAAGCGGAGGCGGCCUCCGCGCGGCGGGGCUUCCGGGGCCCCGACCUGCUUGGGACCAAGGCAGAGGAGGAAGAGGUGGACGAGGGCCUCGGGCCGGCACUGGACUUGCCCAGCCGUGAGUACUGCUGGCCGGACUUCCGGGGCUUGGAGGUCUUCCGGCGCCUGCCGCGGCCGCGCCUGGGGAGCCGGUCCUGGGUGCGGACCCACUCGCGGCGCUACAUCAAGGCAACGUUCAACGACGUGGUGGACUUCCGGGAUUGCACCGCGUUGAACGCGGGGCGGCUGCUUUGUAUGUCGGUGGCCUACACGGAGGAAGGUGUCACGGAGUGGCUUCAGCCCAUGCUUGGGGCCCUGACCAAGUUCUACUCGGGCCGGGCCUGGGCCGCCAAGGACGCCAGGGCCAUGGGCACCUACAGCUGCGUCUGCAAGCUGCUGGGGGCCUUCCUGGAGCCCAGCGCCCUCUGGGCCCAGCUGCAGCCCGCCCUGUCUUCGGACUCCACCCUGGAGCUGGACCAGCGGGUCGCGGGGGUGCGAAUCCUGGCCAUGUGCCUGGAGGGCCACGUGGCGGUGCUGCAGAGUGUCCAGCCGCCGGACCCUUCCCUGGGCCUGGGGCAGCUCGCGCCGGUGCUGCCACAACUCAUCGAGGAGGUGCACGCCUCCGACCUGCUGCUCUCCCCCACGCCGGAGAGCCGCGAGGCCAUGUGGAUGCUGCUCUUUUCCUUCCUCGAGCCCUUGGGGCAGCACCUGGGCCAGUUUUCGGGCAAGCUCCUCUUUGUGGCUCUGGCGCUGGCUUCCAAGAUGAAGGCGGAGCGGGAGGCAGAGCAGGCGGCGGAGCACGCGGCGGUGGAGGUGGAGGGCGGCGUCCCGGCAGUGAUCACGCGCGCGCUGCGGCAGGCCAAGGGUGAGGUGAACAACCAUGUCCAGGUCCUGCAGGAGGCGAUGCGGGAGGCCGAGCAGGCGAAGGAGGCCUCCACGGUGGCGAUCACCCACAAGGAGACCCUGGUGACCAAGAUCACCAAGAAGACCACGAUCAUCUCGCAGCACGCCGAGCGCACCCGCAAUCUGAUGAUGGCGGUGGAGAAGGCGGCCACGCAAAAGGCGGCCCAGGCCUCGCAGCUGCAGUCCACCAUGACCAACUGGGAUGGGCUCAGCCACGAUGUGGAGGGCCUGCGCAAGAACAUCUCCGCCAAGGAGCAGGCUCUGACUCAGAUCGUGAACACGCUGAAGAAGCAGAUCGAGAAGAUGAAGGACCAGCUGGAUCGCAAGGUGACUGAGCGGGAUGCGAAAGAGGCGGAGAUGCAGGAGCUCAAGGGCCAGGCCAUGUCCAGCGCGGAGUUCCACAAGGGCGUGGAGCAGGACCAGGCCGUCGCGGAGCAGGCCAUGCAGGACGACAAGCGGGCACUCUCAGAGCUGCAGAGCGAGCUGGACAUCGCCAACACCGCGGCCACGCAGGCGGAGGCGGCGGAGGCGGCGGCCGAUGACAAGGUCCGGGAGGCCAGGACCAACCACGACUUCGGGGCGUCCACGGCCAAUCUGUUGCAGAAAAUCGUUGACGCAGUGAACAGCUUCUACGCGGCCGGGGAUGCCCUUGAGGAGGCGGUGGACCACCCGGAGGGCUACAAGACCAUCGCCACCACCCCAGAACUGAAGGAUCUCUUCACCAAGUACAACCUCAUGGUCUCGGCCUUCAGCGCGCUCCACGCCUUCGACGUGGGCACCUACCAGCUGAUCCACCGCGCCAUCGCGCAGAUCGAGGAGAACUCCAUGGCGGCGUUGCACUUGGCCUGCGACUCCACCAGCACCCUGGAGCCCGAGGAGCUCGAAGCCAAGUGCGGCGACAACCUCUGGACCGCUGUGGAGCUCACGCAGCUCCACUUCCCCGAGGGCAGCUAA